CGUCACCAGUCAACAACGAUGGUGCGCCUCCUGCAAGUCCUGCGUCCGCUCAUGAGCGUCCUCCCUGACGUCAUCACACCCGACCGACGCAUUCCGUUCCGCGAGAAGAUCGUGUGGACUGUCGUUGUGCUGCUCAUCUUCCUUGUGUGCUCCCAAUUGCCACUUUACGGCAUCAAGAAUAACUCGGCCAGCGACUCGCUGUACUGGAUGCGCGCGAUCUUGGCAUCGAAUCGCGGAACGUUGAUGGAACUCGGUGUAGGACCGAUUGUGUCGUCGGGUCUCAUCUUGCAACUUUUGGCCGGCUCUGGUAUUCUCGAAGUCGACCAAAGCAACAAAGAAGACCGUGCGUUGUUCAGCGGUGCACAAAAGCUCGUCGCCGUUUUCAUCACGUUGGCGCAAGCGACUGCGUACGUGUUUGCCGGUAUGUACGGCAGCAUUGGCGAAAUUGGUGCGGCCUGCGCGAUCUUGAUCAUCCUCCAACUUUUCGUCGCCGGGUUGGUCGUGAUUGCGUUGGACGAAGUGCUGCAAAAGGGCUACGGGUUUGGCUCGGGUGUGUCACUCUUCAUCGCGACCAACGUGUGCCAGAACAUUGUGUGGGACACGUUUGCCCCCGUCUCGAUCGUGACUGGCCGUGGCACUGAAUUCCACGGCGCCGUAAUUGCGUUCUUCCACGUGCUGUUCACCCGCGAAAACAAGUUGAACGCCAUCAAGGAAGCCCUCUACCGCCAAAACUUGCCCAACGUGACCAAUGUGCUGUCGACCAUCCUCAUGUUCGUGCUCAUCACGUACGUUCAUGGUUUCCGCAUCGAUCUCCCCAUCAAGUACGCGAAAUUCCGUGCGCAACAAGGCAUGUUCCCCGUCAAGUUGUUCUAUACGUCCAACAUGCCCAUCAUCUUGCAAACGGCGCUCGUGUCCAACUUUUACUUUGCGUCGCAAUUGCUCUUCAAGAAGUUUGGCGAUAACAUUUUCAUCCGCUUGAUCGGUGUGUGGGCCGACGUCGAUGGCACGACUGGAGCGAUCCCCAUCAGCGGCCUCGCCUACUACAUUUCUGCGCCCGGCAGCGCCGCGGCCAUCUUGUACGAUCCGAUCCGUGCGUUGGUGUACGUGGCGUUUGUCCUUGGGUCGUCGGCCUAUUUUGCGAGCGUGUGGAUUGAAAUCUCCGGCUCGUCGUCGCGCGACGUGGCCAAGCAACUCCGCGACCAGCAGAUGGUCAUGAAGGGCCACCGCGACACAUCCCUCGUCCAUGUCUUGAAUCGAUACAUCCCCGUGGCGGCGACCUUUGGCGGUGUCGCGGUCGGCGCGUUGGUGAUUGUGUCGGACUUUUUGGGCGCGAUCGGGUCCGGCACGGGCGUCCUCUUGGCCGUCACGAUCAUCUACCAGUACUUCGAAGCAUUUGCACGGGAGCAAGCCGACCUGCAAUCGUUGCUGGGCUUUUCAUAGACUCUCCGACAGGGCGUUAGGACGACUCGAGCCCCCCAUGGCCGGAGUGGAAUCAACAUAUACAAUAAUGCCAAAGUUUCUCUCA